UAUCUGUACUAAAAUUGUUUUGUUUUUAAUUUCUAAACAAUUGUAAUGGCUUUGAUGACAUUACGAAUAUUGCGUAUGUCCAUGAUCGUUGUCAAGGAAUUUACACAACCUGUUAAAAAAUUAUUUGUAAAUGUCGCCCAACGCAAUAAAUUUUUUCGCAAAUAUAUUAUCAAACCCCCGGCCCGUGGUAUGUGAAUACAUCGGAAUUUUUUUACAGUUGACCAUUCAUUUAAUGUGCCUUUUGAAUUCCAAGGAUACCAUUGGUGUGAGAAAUCUCUCCAUAAGCUCAUAUCUAAAGAUACGCAAUUGGAACAACUAACCGAAGAAGGAACCAUUGACUUAGGUGCAGCAAUAUGGGCGGAGAUAGUGGUAUUUUUAGGAUGCUCAAAAGUUUUACUUGUGGAAACGAAUAAGCAAAUAAAGCAGAAAGAAAUGGCAGAAGAAGAAUUAAUAAAACAAGAACAAAAUAUAAAUGAGUCGGUGGAAAUUUUGCAGAAUAUAUUAAAUCAGCAAGCUAUUUAUAUUGAACAGAUAAUAGUGGCCCUUGAAGAACUUGGAAAACCAAUCAAGCGCAUUCCGCUUACAUCAACAUAAAUUAUUUAACCUCAAAAUUAAAUAAAAACAAAAUAUUGCUCGGUCUCUAAUAAAGAAUUAUACAUACGAAAGAACUUCUCAUUUUAUAUACACAUUCAUUUAACUUCUCAAUAUUUGAAGAGUAUUUUGUUCUUAAAAAAUCGAUUGUUUACUAAUUUGAAAAGAAUGGUGUUAAUUGCAUUACCAAUUUUAAAGUUGUGUUUGCUGGGUAUGCGUCAACUAUCACGUCCAAUUAGUAAUUUCGUACGUAAGGAAGCAAAACAAAGCGAAAUAUUUCGGAAAUACAUUUGUAUACCACCCGCUCAGUGUUUUCACUGGUGUGAAGUUACGCUAAAGAUGUUGCUAUUGAACUUAGGUCGACCGGUUAAGGUGGUGCCACUCAACGAAACAAUGGCCCUUGAAUUGGGCGCUGAACUAUUGGGUGAAUUAAUUGUAUUCGCAGUAGCAGCUGCGGGUUUGAUUUUUGAAACGAAAAGGCAAUCUAAGAAAAGAGAUUUUGAAAUGAAAAGUGUGAAUGUCCACAGUACAGAUCUGAUUGAAGCAACAAAAGUAUUAGAAUAUCGACAGCAGAGGCAAAAAAUGUAUAUUCAGGAAAUCGCGCAAGCUUUGGCCGAACUAAUGUUCACACAGACCUCUACGGAGGUAAUAUAUCCAGAACCUAUUCUAUUGGAAAAAGAGAAGUCAAACGCGGCAGGGCGCAUUCCACAUUACUCUCCAUCCCGCUGUAAGUCUAAUGAGCUGCUUUACCCGGGCGAUCAUGCUGAUGACUGGAUUUGCGACUGUGCACCAGGUGCAUUAUACUAUCCCGACUCGGAUUCCUGUUAUCCCGCCUUCCGACGUGGUCCUUGUGAAGCUGAGCACAUGCUUAUUUUGGCACGCAAUGAAGUUUUACCGCAAUGCAUAAAGAAUGAUUGUAAAGUGGAUGGAUUGGUGAAAAUUAACAAUGUCUGCUAUAAGAUUGGCGAUUCUGCUCCAUGUCCAAAUGCUCAAUUGUCGUACGUGCUGGGUGUUAAUACGGCGACAUUGAUGUUGGAUUGCAUAAAGUUGUCGAUUUCUGUGAAGACGCGCGUAAGCUUGCUGGAUGAUGAUGAACCGGAUUAUGAUCUGAGCAAAGUUGAUUUGUGUGCGCGCGGUUCGCAACGAUCGAUAGAAGGCACUUGUACGCCCAGUGUUAAAACAGAGUGAAAUCCAAAUGGAAUGCCACGAAUUUUCAAUAAUAAAAAGUAGUGUAUUUUUUUUAUAAACUCUUCACAUAAUAAUAGUUUAUAGUUAGUUCAUGCGUACAAGAUUUGACUUUUUCUUUAAAACUGAACUAAACAAUAAUUUUAAUUAAACAUAAUUUACUUUUAAUUACAACUAUAUACAUAAUUUUCAAUAUAACAAAUUCAAUAAUUUGA